AUGAGUUUUAAAAUACCAAAACCGUUCGGAAGAAUGAAUAAAAAGAAAAGUAAUAGUGUUUAUUCUAUGGUGUCAUUUAGUGAUCUGACUCCUGGAAGUUUGGAUGUCUGGUUGGAUUUACCUGAUGCCAUCAAAUACGAUGCAACCCUGGCUCCAUUCAAGCAGAUGUACGAGCAAAAACAUGGCAAAGAUCUUCCAAACGUCGAAGUUGAAGUAACAACGGGGGAUGAUAUAAAUAAAAAUAACAAAAUAACAGAAGAAAAUUUAGUUUCUGAGAAGCAUAUACGUGAUAGAGAUGUAGAGAGCAGAUUGGUAGAAGAAACAAGUCCCGAUGACGAAAAAUCAAUACCAAAACGUAAAAAACAGCUGGAUCGUACGUUACGAGUGAUAAAACUGACAGUGCUGGUAGCCGGCUGGAUGCUGCUAACAGUUUCUUUGCUAAUGAAUAGAGAGAAGACCGAUAUAAUUCUACAUACAGCUGUGAAUCCUGGUGAAAUAAAAGAAUAUUUUUUGGAUUCAUCUAAUGAAGAGUUCAGGAUUGCUAUUUCAUUGACUGGUCCCUUUACCGAUUCUGCAACCAACACGACCUCGUCUCUACAACUCUGGCUACACAGAACAUCUAAAUACAAAGAAGAUGAACAGGAUUCCUCAACUUGGAGUGUUAAUCUUCAACCAGAUGAUCUAAUAGACUUCUCUCCAAGUUCAUCCGAAGAUAAUAUUCUUAUAAUUGAUAAAGAAACCUUUACAUACAAUGAGACGUACGAAGAAAAAAAUAUCACCGAAUAUGGAGUGAAUGAAUCGAAGAUAUUUCUACGUCUCAGUUGUACGAGUAACCAAUCUGUACCUCUUACUAUAAGUGUGCACGAAAAACCUCUCUCCGAAACAGAAGGACUGAUCUUCGCGAGUGUUCUACUAGCCACGUUGUAUAUACUUAUAAUAUUUGAGAUAGUUAAUCGCACGUUGGCAGCCCUGCUAUCAUCUUCCUUGGGUGUGGCAACCCUAGCGUUAGUAGGUGAGCGUCCUUCCCUUUCCGAGCUCAUCUCCUGGCUUGAUGUGGAAACAUUGCUACUACUCUUCAGCAUGAUGAUACUGGUAGCUAUUAUAGCAGAAACGGGACUAUUCGAUUUCCUUGCUGUUAAGGCUUUUGAGAUAACAGCCGGUAGAACUUGGCCUUUAAUCAACUGCCUGUGCUUCUUCACAGCAUUCUUUUCAACUUUUCUUGACAACGUAACAACAGUCCUCUUAAUGACACCGGUUACUAUACGGUUAUGCGAGGUGAUGCAGCUUAAUCCUGUACCCGUUUUGAUGUCGAUGGUCAUUUUUAGCAACGUCGGAGGCGCAGCGACACCUGUUGGGGAUCCACCGAAUGUUAUCAUUGCCAGCCACCCAUCAAUACUCGCUGUGAAUAUAAACUUCACUUCAUUCACCCUCCACAUGGGUCUGGGUAUACUCUUGGUGUGUAUACAGACAUACAUACAGCUGAGAUUCAUGUUCAGGGACAUGAAUAGUCUGCGGCACUGCGUACCACGAGAUAUAUUAGAAUUACGUCAAGAAAUAAGUGUGUGGAAACGAGCGGCGGCAUCAUUGUCAUCUUAUUCGAGAGAUGAAGACAUCGUAAGACGAGCGUUAGAGAAAAAGGUCCAGAGACUGAAAUCAACUCUCGGGAGACGGGAGGCAGGCGGGGGGAAUGACAAACUAUUCUGUUCAACUCUCGCUCAUAUGAAGGAUAAGUAUCGUAUACGUGACAAGGCGUUGUUGGUCAAGAGUGGUGUUUGUAUAACCUUCGUCGUUGUUGUAUUCUUCCUCCACGCUAUACCAGCUUUACAGAGUCUGUCUUUGGGCUGGACGGCACUGCUGGGAGCUCUGCUACUUCUGCUUCUGGCUGAACGCGAGGACCUGGAACCAGUAUUAGCCAGAGUUGAAUGGUCUACACUAUUAUUCUUUGCAGCACUAUUUGUGAUGAUGGAGGUAUUAUCGAAGUUAGGUCUGAUAGCGUGGAUAGGAAGGAUGACUGAAACUAUUAUAUCUCAAGUCGGCGAAGACUCCAGGCUAGCUGUGGCCAUCAUGCUGAUACUAUGGGUGUCAGGUCUGGCUUCGGCUUUUGUGGAUAAUAUACCGUUGACAACGAUGAUGGUUCGUGUGGUGGCAGCCCUGGCAGAUGGAGCGCUCGCUCUACCGCUGCCACCCCUGGCCUGGGCUCUAAGCUUCGGAGCUUGUUUAGGAGGUAACGGUACGUUAAUCGGUGCUAGCGCCAACGUUGUAUGCGCGGGUGUCGCUGAACAGCACGGCUAUAGAUUCACAUUUAUACAGUUUCUUAGAAUAGGUUUCCCCAUCAUGAUUGGAAAUCUCCUCGUUGCAUCUGGCUAUCUAUUAAUCUGCCACUGUCUGUUCACUUGGCACUGA